AUGGUCGCAUAUAGCUUCCGUCACAUAGCGACAAGGUCUCGCGCUAUAAACCUUCACAACACACCACCAUACUUUGUUCACCAGCAACACCACUAUUCCACAGGCAUCUCAAAUACAGCUACAUUCAAUCGUCGGGGUCUUCCUCGGCUAGCGGUGGUUAGCUCCAGACUAUCUCUUCUACAAAUAACUAACAACAAUAAUAUUGGUGGUCACCGCCAUCGUACACUAAUAACCUCUUCGGGUUCACAAUUAUUGGCUGGUCAAAAAUAUCAUCGCCCUAAGAUACUACAUCACAGCCACGAAAAUGGUUCAGGAAUAGCAAAUCCACAGCUACAACAAGCUCGUUCAAUAAGUUUUACGACCAUACCGCGAUUUAUAUAUCAUGCUAUGCGGAUACCUGUCGCGGGAGUUACAGCCGGAGCUGCUGGCUUGACAUAUGCUAACUAUAAGAUUGGGGACCUGGCAAACAAGAGUCAAAACUGGUUGAACUCGGUAACGGAUAGCGUGAAGUCAAUGUUUAGCACAGUAGGCUCCGGAUUCGACUUUGAACUGCCAAAACUUGAUAUCGAAUUUCAGUUGCCAGAGUUUUUGUCAAAUUUUCUCAAUAAUGCUAGCCCAAGUAGUGAUAGUGGUAAUAGUAUGACACAUAAUAGUCAGCAUCAAAUGGAAUCAGCUCGACCACGAUUUAUCAAAAAGGAGGAUGAAAAUUCUAAUGGAAGUGGUCAUUCAGACGCAGCUGAUGGUAAGGAAGACGACGAGGAUUCGGAGAUAAAUACACCGUUGAGGCGGCCAGGCGGUGCUCAAGACGACCAAUUCAUGCUUCUUACGAGAAAGUUGAUUGAAGUUCGUAAUAUCUUAAUGAGUAUAGAUCAUAAUGAAACAUUAAAGUUACCGAGCAUUGUGGUGAUUGGGAGUCAGAGUUCGGGGAAGAGUUCGGUCCUGGAAGCUAUUGUUGGCCAUGAGUUUCUACCAAAAGGCUCAAAUAUGGUUACACGGCGACCAAUAGAACUGACUUUGAUACACACGCCAAAAACCAAGGAGGAAUACGGCGAAUUUCCUCAACUUGGCCUUGGCAAAAUCUACGACUUUAAGCAUGUCCAACAGACACUUCGAGAUUUGAAUUUAGCUGUACCCGAGUCUGAAUGUGUAUCAAACAAACCAAUUGAGUUGCGAAUUUAUUCUCCAAAUGUUCCCGAUUUGACAUUGAUCGAUUUACCUGGAUACAUUCAAGUUAAUAACAAACACCAACCAGAGACACUAAAAGACAAAAUUGUCGAACUCUGCGAGCAGUACAUUAAAGAACCCAAUAUAAUAUUGGCAGUAUGUAGUGCAGACGUGGAUUUGGCAAACUCUGAGGCGUUGAAAGCCGGACGAAAAGUUGAUCCGUUGGGCCUGCGUACUAUUGGGGUAAUUACAAAAAUGGAUCUUGUUGAACCAGAAGUCGGUGCUAGUAUCUUGCGAAAUACAGAUUAUCCUUUGCAUUUGGGUUAUAUUGGUGUUGUGUGCAAAUUAAAAAACAACAAUAUUAACAAUACAAGCGGUCAAAAGAACAUUACGUCUGCUUUAAUGCGUAAUGAAGAACAAUUUUUUAGAAGCAAUUACGUUUAUAGUCAACGUGGUAUUGAAGUGGGAACUGGGACUCUUCGUAGAAAGUUGAUGGAGGUUCUGGAGGAAAGUAUGGCAAAGUCAUUGUUUUCUAUUGUGGGUGCUGUGCAGUCUGAAUUAGAAGAGGCUCGAUAUCAAUUCAAAGUGCAGUAUAAUGAUAGGCGUAUUACAGCAGAAUCAUAUGUUGCAGAGACAAUUGAUAGUAUUAAACAUAAUUUCAAAGACUUUGCACAUUCAUUUGGUAAACCACAAGUGCGCCACGAAGUUCGCACAAUGUUAGAACAACGUGUCAUGGAUCUCUGUGCCGAAUUAUACUGGACUGAUUCAAAGAUCAGUGAACUACCCAAAGUAUCAGCAGAUGAUUUAUACUGGCAAUACAAGCUUGAUAUGUGCUCCGCUGCUUUGACAAAGAGCGGGAUCGGACGAACGAGUACACAGCUUGUUGUUGACGUGUUAAUGGCGAAUAUGGAACGAUUGGCUGAAAUGGAUCCUUUAAGCAAUCAUCCAGAGACUAGUCGUCAAGUGCUAAAUUUUAGUAACGAGAUUUUACGAAACAAGUUCCAUACAACAGCUGACCAGGUCGAGAAUUGCGUAAAGCCUUAUAAAUAUGAGGUCGAAUGUUCCGAACAAGAAUGGGCUGAAGGUGUUAAGAGAUCGAUUAGUUUGGUCGAAAAAGAAAUAGAGUAUUGUGAAAAAGCUUUGGCAAAUAUCAAAAAUUCUGUUAAUAAAAGAAAAUUGAAGGCAGCAAUAAAAUAUAUUUUAGACACAGAGAAAGAGCAAAAGGAGCGCGUUGCAAAGGCCCAUAUUACCGAUGAAACAACAGAAAAUAACGAAGAUUUAAUGAAAAUAACACCACCAUCAUCAUCGAUGAUUUCCUCAGCCAACGAAGAGAAUGAAAUCACAGAACCACAUCGUCUCUAUUUCAAUCAACGAAUCCUCGAAAAAGCUCGCGAAUCCAUAUUCUUACGUGACCGUUCGAUCAUAUUAAAGUAUCGUUUAGCUGCACUCAAGUCUCGCCAAUGUAAAUCCCCCGAAAAUAAACAGUAUUGUCCGGAAGCCUUUCUCAAUAUGGUCGCUGAAAAACUUACGUACACCGCAGUGAUGUUUAUUCAAGUGGAAUUGUUGAACGAAUUUUUCUUUCAGUUCCCACGGGAGGUUGAUAAUCGACUGGUGUAUGAUCUGGAUAGGAAGCAAAUUUUAGCAUUUGCUAAGGAAAAUCCGCAUAUAAGGAAGCAUUUAGAAUUGCAGGAAAGGAAACGAAAGUUAGAAGAAGUGAAAACAAUUGCUGUCACAAGGCAUAGUGAAAUACCGCAAUCAAUAAUACCAACGUUUCAUAAUAAAUUAACAAAUUUGACCUUAUCCUCGUCAUCAUCACCUUUGAAAGCCUCGUCAUUCAUCUCGCGACGUCAUUACAUAACAACAGAUCAAAACCAACCACCAAAAGAAACCUCGAAAACUGAUGAAGCAACUAUACGCGCAAGGAACGCGAUCGGGCCGACAACAUGGCGAAGUUUAGGGCUGUUUAUACUUACGGGUAUCGGACUAUUAUUUUAUUUCAAGAGUGAAAAAGAGAAGAUGAUUAAAAAAAGUAUGUUGGAAUUAAACCUUAUCGAAUAUUUGCUUAUCUCUGCAAUUUUCCUAUUAUUAUUAAUCAACCAACCAAUCGCCACAGAAAGAGAAGAAUCACAAAAAUCAUUCGGAAAACCAAAAAUCGGUGGGCCGUUCGAAUUAUUAGAUCAAGAUGGCAACGUGACUGACGAGAGUAUUCUAAAGAGUCACUUUUCACUGAUUUAUUUCGGGUUCACUAAUUGUCCGGACAUAUGUCCCGAGGAGUUGGAUAAGAUGACACUUGUGAUCGAUAAUUUAAGCAAUAAUAAUCGAGAUAUUUUUAUAGAGAAAGAUCCGGAGAUAGGAAACGUUAUUACACCAAUAUUCAUUUCUGUUGACCCACAACGUGAUAGUGUUGAAUCUGUUCGCGAGUAUCUUAAAGAUUUCCACCCAGAUUUCAUCGGACUAACAGGCACCUAUGACCAGGUAGCAAAAGUUGCGAAAGCAUACCGCGUCUACUUUAGUCGUCCGCCACAAGUCAAAGAAGGCGAAGACUAUUUAGUCGAUCACUCGAUAUUCUUUUACUUGAUGGAUCCGAACGGCGAGUUUGUGGCUGUUUAUGGGAAACAAGCGACCGCCGAUGAAAUUACCGAGGGGAUUAAAGGACAUAUUAGGGAAUUUUUGAAGAGUAAUGUUUCGCGUAAUUUUUCUCCUUCACCUAUGGUUGAAAACAAAGUUUUAAUUCUCGAUAAUGGUGCUAGCGCAAUCAAAGCUGGCUACGCUGGUUUACCUGAAACUUUAAGGCUCUUCCCAAACUGCAAGCUAACCCGCUCGAAAGGCGACCGAAAAAAUUUCAUUGCAGACCAACUGUCUUUCUGUGAAGAUUUUUCCGGCGUUCAGUAUAGGCUCCCAUUUGAAAAAGGAUUUUUGACAAAUUGGGAAGUUGAAAAAGCUAUCUGGGAUCGAAUAUUUUCGGCAGAAGUGUUAAAGUGUGAUCCGUCUUCCACAAGCUUACUUGUCACAGAGCCAUGCUUCAAUUUACCAAAUAUUCAAAAGACAUACGAUGAAAUGAUUUUUGAGGUCUAUGAAUUCAAAUCUGCGUGUCGUGUAAUUGCGCCAUGGCUCUGUAUCCAAAACGACACUGGUAGCUUAUGCGACGGCACUCUUCACGAAGAACAGCCGGAUUGCGUUCUAGUCGUCGAUUCUGGGUAUUCGUUCACGCACAUAGUACCAUUUGUGAUGGGGAGGCCUAUUUUCCCUGCUAUUCGAAGAAUAAAUAUCGGCGGCAAACUUUUGACAAAUCAUCUCAAAGAAUUAGUGUCUUUUAGAUAUUGGGAUAUGAUGGAUCAAACAUACGUGAUGAACGAAGUUAAAGAAACCUGUUGUUAUGUCUCGCAAGAUUUUCUUGGAGAUCUUGAAAUUUGUAGGAAGAAUAUGAGAGAUAAUCCAAUACUUCGAGAAUAUGUGCUACCUGAUUUUUCAAGAAACAAGAAAGGGUUCAUCCGACCCAAAAAAUUACGCGAAAGUAAUGCCGCGAAUUCCGCCAUAGCGCCAUCCUCUUCAUUAUCAACAACAAACAUAAUCCUACCAGAAGAACAAGCAUUAUUCAUGAACAAUGAACGAUUUUCUGUUCCAGAGCUACUGUUCAACCCUUCUGAUAUCGGUAUGAACCAGGCAGGCAUCCCAGAAGUUAUCGUUGAAGCUAUAAAUGCUACUCAUCCAGGUAAAAUACGAAUUGGUGAUUUGCAGAAUAAAUAUUUCUCUCAUACAUGGUUACCACUAACUACCGAAUAUCCUCCAGAUCUUCACGGGUUAUUUUAUUCUAAUAUUGUGUUGAUGGGUGGAAACAGCAUGUUUGCCGGAUAUAAAGAAAGAGUUGAGAAAGAUCUUCGGGUGUUAGCUCCUUCAAUGUACGAUGUACGCGUUGGGAUGCCCGCAGAUCCAAUUUCUUACGCAUGGCACGGCGGCUCAAAAUUCGCCCGUACACCAGAGUACCGUGAAAAAUUGGUAACGCGACGCGAAUACUUAGAGUAUGGGAGUAACAUUUGUUUACGACGAUUUGGGAUGGGAGAGGAGAUUGCAGAAAUCGAUGAUUAA